AUGCGCAUCAACCAAGUGAGAAAAGUGAAACGGAAGCGACAGCUGAUUGCUGCAUGGCAGCACCAACAACAGCAGCAGUCGAGCUGUGAGUCGGCUUGGAUGUGCUUGAUCAAACGCUAUACUGUUUACUCGCAUAUACAUGGAUUCUAUCAGCUGUUUUGGCCCACGAUGCGACGACGCAUGCGUUUGCUGUGGACCCUGGCCCUACUUUGUGCCCUAAUAGUGCUCAUCUAUGUUACGUAUCUGCUGGCGGAGCGACAUCAGCGCAAGCGGUUUCAUACAGUCGUGGACGACUCGCGUUGGCCCAUCGUGAACAUUGCGUUCCCAGUGAUUCUGGUGUGCAACAAAAAUCGCUUGAACUGGUCCCGUUUGACGGAGAUAAGAGAACGCCAUAACAUCAGCGACGCAGAUUUGGCUUUAGUUGAGCGAGUGCUAACAGCAUUUGAUGCAGUUACUACAUCGCGUCUUGACGUCUUUGCAAGCCUGCAAGGAGAGCGUUUGGAAACGCUCAAUCAUCUAAAUUUUACGCAGCUCGUUAGUGAGAUGGCUUGGCGUUGCGAUGAAAUGCUUGGAGAGUGCAGUUGGCUUACGAAGUCUCGGAAUUGCUGUGAGCUUUUUCGACCGCGACGUCUGCCCCAAGGUCCCUGCCUCGCUUUCAACGAGCUAGAGCAACGUGCUAGUGCAGAGACGGGCCUAGGGACGGGUAUAAGUUUUCGUUUGUUGCUGAAUGAGGCUAAGCAUGCGCCUGGCAAUCGGGAGUUGAAGGGGUUUGUGCUUGAUGUUGUGGAGCCAGGUGUUUGGACCGGGUUUCCAAUGAGUGUGCCUCCUUAUGCGGACAUUAACAUCGGCCUCAGUGCUGUCUAUCAUUUCUACGAUAGAGGCACGUUCGCACUGCACAGCAACCAACGGGAGUGCCUAUCGGAUUACGAGCAGGACAGCCAUCAGUUUCUGACACUGUUGGGCUUUAAAUACAUGCUGGAGAACUGCCAGGCCGAGUGCCAACAGCUCUAUAUGCUGCGCUAUUGCAACUGCACGUUAGAUCUAUUCUAUCCGCCCUCGAAUCAUGUUCCAUGCAAGCUCAAGGAUCUGCCGUGCCUAGCGGCGCACAGUCAUCUGUUGCAGAAUUUUGAACAACUCGGUGAACAAUCCUUUGUGGCCCAAAAAGAAUCGGGACUUAUCUGUGACUGUCUAUACAAUUGCAAGUCCCUUACAUUGCUAACCGAUGUGCGUCAAAGUGGUUUUCUGCCAUGGAAAAGGACCAAAGGCAACAACAAUGAAUAUUCACAAAGCAGUAACCGUUCAAUUUUUGUCAAUAUCUUCUAUGAUAGCAGCGUGAUUCUGGUAUAUAGGACUAGCCUAAUAUAUAGCUGGAUCGAUUUGAUUGUUUCAUUUGGUGCAAUUUUUCAACUUUGCCUCGGCUGUUCCAUCAUUAGUCUCCUUGAGCUUUGUUAUUUUGGGCUGUUCGAUGUGCCUCGUUUUUGCUGGUCGCGCUACGAGUCGCUGGAUUUUCCGGAAAUUGCUGUUCUUGGCGGUUAUGAUCCGUACGGUUAUGAUAACUUCGAGGGACGUGUCCUUUACCAAAAUUCGGUUCUGCCAUCGCGUGUUAGGGCAGAAAAUGGAUACGCUAGUUUCAACACAGUAUCUGAAGCUAUUCAGGCCGCCUCAUACGAACUGUUGCUGUCCAAUGAGACGGUCAGCUAUGCCUGGGAACGAACGAUUUAA